AUGUCAUCGACUAGGAAGAUCACCCUGAAGAGUUCCGAUGGUGAGAGCUUUGAGGUUGACAAGGCGGUGGCGUUGGAAUUGCAAACAAUCAAGCAUAUGAUUGAGGACAAUUGUGCCGACGUCAAUGGAAUCCCUCUUCUGAACGUAAGUAGCAAGAUCUUGACGAAGGUUAUUGAGUAUUGUGCGAAGCAUGUUGAGGCUGUGAGUGUCGGAGAAGAAACACCUUGUAGUAACGAGGAUGAUCUUAAGGCUUGGGACGCUGAUUUCAUCAAAGUUGAUAAUAGUACGCUCUUCGAUCUCAUUUUGGCUGCAAAAGAAUUAAGCAUCAAUAGCUUGUUGGAUCUUACAUGUCAAAGUGUAGCAGACAUGAUCAGGGGUAAAUCUCCCGAUGAGAUUCGCAAGAUUUUCAACAUUAAGACUGCCUUCACUCUGGAGGAAGAGGAGGAAAUUCGUCGUGAAAACCAAUGGGCAUUCGAAGGAUUGUAG